AUCCCCACGCUUUUUGAAAAAAAGGUGGGGAUAUUGUGGUGAUCUCCGCCGUCCGUCCGUCCGUCUGUCCGUCCGUCUGUCCGUCCGUCCUGGCCACUAUCUCCUCCUACACUAAAAGCACUAGAACCUUGAAAUUUACACACAUGGUAGCUAUGAGCAUAUGUGCGACGGUGCACUAUUUGGAAUUUUGAUCUGACCCCUGGGUCAAAAGUUAUAGGGGUUGGGGUGGGGCCGCGUCAGAAAUUAUCACUCAUUUUUUUAGGUUAUUUUACAUUUACUUCUUUAUUUCUACACCGAUUCACUUCAAAUUGAUACUGGACCUCACCUAUGACAAUACGGUCAAUCUCAACCAUGCAUGGCCCCAUUCCCAACCCUGGGGCGCCCCGCCCACAUAGGCCACACCCACCAAAAAUUUCCAUUUACUAUAAUUUUUUCAUUUCUACACGGAUUCACUUCAAAUUGAUACUGAACUUUUGUUAUGACAUUAGGGUCAAUCUCAACUAUGCAUGGCCCCAAUCCCAACCCUGGGGCGCCCGCCCACAUAGGCCACACCCACCAAAAAAAUCCAUUUACUAUAAAAAAAAUUUAGGUUAUUUUACAUUAACUUCUUCAUUUCUACACUGAUUCACUUCAAAUUGAUACUGAACCUCUCUUAUGACAAAACGGUCAAACUCAACUAUGCAUGGCCCCGUUGCCAACCCUGGGGCGCCACGCCCACAUAGACCACACCCGCCCAAAAUUGCCUUUUACUAUAAUUUCUUCAUUAAUACACUGAUUCACUUCAAAUUGAUACUGAACCUCUCUUAUGACAAUACGGUCAAUCUCAACUAUGCAUGGCCCCAUUACCAACCCUGGGGCACCCCGCCCACAUAGGCCACACCCUCCCAAAAUUGCCUUUUACUAUAACUUCUUUAUUUUUACACCCAUUCACUUCUAAUUGAUACUGAACUUCUCUUAUGACAAUACAGUCAAUCUCAACUAUGCAUGGCCCCAUGAUCAACCCUGGGGCGCCCUUGGGUCAAACAUGCGGCGUGGGGAUACGCGUCGGCCUCUGCCGCGCCAUUUCUAGUUUAUUUUGUUUUGUAUCUAUAUCAUCUGCAGUCCUUUCAACGAAGUUUCAAAUGUUUUGGAGAAGCGUUUCAAGGUUGACUUGUAUCUUCCAAGAAGCGUGGUUGCCGCAUUAAACUACACAGAACUCAAAACGACGUUUGAAAUGGAGAUGUUUCCCCCCGAAGUUUGCUGUGCUGCUGUUGUUUACUGGUUACGAAGUACACGAGCGAAAACAGAAAAUUCACAAAUAUUAAAACAUGUCGCUGAUGGUGGUCUGUUGCUUCUUGAUCGUUUCAAAAGACCAGGAAAACACACUGACAUAUGUUCUGAAAGUUGGGAGAUGACGUCGAUUUUCAGCGCAGAGGUUGUUGAAAUUCUCUUCGACAUAAGUACUGGAGAUGAAAUAGUUACAUGGGGGCAUAUAGGUUUGAUAAGCAAUGUAUCGUGUGCUUUGAUGAAUGAAACUAACAAACACAAAAUAGAAGCUGCACAGGGUAGAGUGCGUUCGACUUUAUCAAAUAUCAUAAACUGGCUGAAUAAGCAGUCCCUCACAGAAGACAUGGCUGCAACCCUUAAAUUAUGGAACAAAGCUUUUAUUGAAACAGACGAGGACAAUAAAACUAUUGAUUUUUGGAAUGAAGAUGUUAGUUCCAACAUACAGAUGAAGAUAACCGAACAGGUCAUAAAAGAUGGUAUAGAAAUGAAUUUAAAAGAAAUGGGUACAGCAAAACUGAACCACCUUCGGAGAUUAUUUUCCGGAUUAUUUAGCAAGGCAUGGAAUGACAGUGUUGCAUCAGGCAAUUUCAUGUUGGAAUCGCUGUUGAAAUGGAAUCCAUUACGAUUAUUGAUAGCAAAUACAGCUCCAGGAAAAAACAGUGUACUUUUGGAAGGAGACUUGAAACACAAAAUGGAUAAUCUGAUAAAAAUGUUGCACGACACAUGGGACAGUAUUAAAAAAGGAAAUAUUCAAAUUGGCGCUCUGAAAAUGAUUUCAAAUCAUGUCGACGAAUUUUCAAACCUAUUAAGGAUGAUUGAUCCGGAAAUGCUUGGGUUACAGUUUGUUAUUCAAAGGCAGAUAGAGAAUCGCAUGUUAGCCCUGCAUUUAUUUGAAAAACAAGCGCAACAAAUGACAAUUUACGUUAACUUAUGUCAACACCUAAAAGUUGAUACUUCGGCAAUCGACGAUAUAUUACGGUUACAAACAGACGGUCUGGACAAGAAAAACCUCGAUGACAUUUGCAUUUUUAGUCCUGAGACUGCGGAAAUACAUGUGACAGCUUUCGAUUCAUGGAAAGAAGUAGUCGAUAUUUUGCCAACUCUUGAACAUCGCAACAAAGGUUACGUGUUUAAGAAAUUGUGGUGUUGUACUUGUUCGCGCGUUGGAAAUAACUGCACAACAGUCAAUGAUGUUCUGAAAGAAGUAUGGAUUGAUGUAGAGAAAAGAUGGCAGUUGUUUGGGGAACAGCUCAAAGAUGGAACUUUAACUUUUUACGAAUUUGUUGAGAUGUUUGGAUCUAUAAGUGAAGAAAAUGGCCAAAGACUUAACGAUGAAAUUACUCUUUUCAACAUAACGGACCAUGUUGCAACAACAAGAGUUGAUCAAUGGAGGAAGUAUACUCGAUUGACUGCAUGCGUCAAUGGAGCAGAGGCUAUUUUAGCAUUACAAACUCAAUACAAACUUGAGGGUGACUUUGAGGCGAUGCAGACAAUUGCUUCUCAUUCUGGGAAAAGAUUUAAAAUGAACGAGUUUGACGACAGCUUUGUAGCAACGUGCGAUAUCUUAAAAGAGGUAACUGCUAAACAAGCGAGUUGCAUUGAUGCAUUUGUGAAAUCCAAUCGACUUAUCAAAUGGCUAAAGAAAUCAAUAUCUGGACAACAGGAAUUGAAAGUUUUUGUGGAUUUAGCGCUUUUGUCAGCAGGCGAAGAACCUAUCAACAUCGCUAAAGUGCAAUGUUUAUAUUCUGCUGUGAUGGGAUACUCUCCACUUAUUUUCGAUCUGGAACAUGAUUGUGAUAUUAAACAGUUGUUGGAAAAAUGUCGGCUGGUUUGGAAAGAGCUUGAUACAAACACAAAACUUCCGGUACAACUGUAUGAUACGAAUCUGCAACUACCAUGGCUUAAGGAAAUCAAACGAACUCAUGGAUCUGUGGAAACAAGUUCUCUAAUGGACGCAGAAGCAAUAAAUACCGAUGGAAUAUACAUUGUUGGGAGUUUAGAAAAGAAUAUAGAAGAUGGAAUGAAAACUCAAAUUGUGCAACUAACAGUACCUGGCAUUGAAGGUGAACGGGAAUUAAAAAAGUAUAGCCUUUCGGAAUUGCAAGAUUUGCAAAGUCGGCUCAUGCUGGUUGCCGGUAAAGGAUUGCAAGACAAAAUAAAAACGGAAGUUGACGUGGAGACAUUCACUCUGGUGUUUGACAGUGUGUUACGUUUGGGAAAUGUGUAUAAUAAGCUUUGCGCCGCGGGAUGUGUACUUUUCUCAGAAUGGACUGCACGAUUCAUGUGUAACGAUGAUGUUAACAGACCCGUGUGUUUGGUCCUGUCAUUUGGAAAAGGAAACGGUGUUUGGAAACUGAAAGGUCGAAGAUCAGAGACGUCUUCAUUGAAAGAAAUGGUUCCUGCUAUUGCGAAGUUCAUGGAGAAGUGUUUAGACGACUGGUUAUUGUACAUCAAGACAAAACGAUCACAAUUUUACUACCUUAACUAUUUUACAGUUGAUCAACUUGUUUUACUACAGCGAGAACUUGUGAUCAUUGGUAACGAUAGCAAGUCCGAAUUAUUAUACCCGAUUUUAGCAACCGUAAAACAAGAUUGUAAUCAAGCUGAUUUAAAUGCUGCAAUAGAAAGCGCAAAAGAAGAGCAACUCAGCGCGGAAAAAAAGUGGAACGAUUGUAAAGAAAAGACUGAAAAUCAAAUACAAGCAAAUGAAAACGACAAAUUAAAAGCUAGUGUAAUCUGUGAACUUAUGGAUAUGAAUUAUAGCGAGAAAAUAGCGCGCAUGGCAUUAGAAAAUGUAGAUGAAAACAAUACUGAAACGAGUUUUUUGGAUCAAGAGCCUCUAAUUGAUGGUCUGCAAAACAUUUGGAACAUAUUUGUGGGCUCAAUAUCAUCGAAACUUCGUGACUUUAUAAGUCUCGAGUUUUUAGGAAUGAUUUUAAAUCACCUAUCUGAGCCAGAAACGAUGAAAAGAGAGCUUCCGUCAUACUUUCUUGAGGGACAACCUAAUCUGUUAAUAUGCCCAAAAGAUGACAUCCUAAAGGCUACAUUGACGAUUUACGAGCACGACAAAUCCAAGCCUUUGCCAAGCUCUGACGAGAUACUGAUAUGCCAUACAAAAACGUCACAGGAUGAGGUGGAUAUAUUUUGGCGUCGGGCAAUAUUUGGUAGCGGAGGGAAAAUAUAUUGUCUUGUUCAUGCUGAUUUACUGAACUACGAUGCUGGUGUCGCUACCCAGAAGACCUUAGAGCAAAAUAUACUCGAAGCGAAUGGAAUGGGAGUUCAAAGAUAUCGGCUAAUUAUUAUUUGUGGAUCGGAUAAUGAAUGUCGAUCUCCAUUUGUUGCUGCAUUGGAUAAAUACGUUCGCCACAUUGAAAUUGCCAGUCAUAAAGCUAUUAAAGAAUAUGUUACUUCAAAGAUGAUUGUACCUGCAACUAUAACACAAUCUGCUUCUUGCGUCGACUUUGAAAGGUCGUCUUCUAGAGUAAUAAAAUCAAGUCGCCCAGGAGUCGGAAAGACGUUGUAUAUAACAAAACGAUUUGAGGAGCUUAAGACAAAAUUCAACCAAAGCAAACAAUGUGUGACCACAAAACUAGUGUAUAUUCCAUUACAAGAAAAACAAAUAGACAUAGACGAGUUUAUGAACGGCUUACUUGAUCACACAUCAACUAACGGCACAGACAUAGCAACGCUAUUUCAUAUAGACAUCUCAUGUGAGGUCAUUGAAGGAAUAGAUUACCUUCUGUUUAAUCUCUUGAUACUGGGCUGUCUUACCGAUAGCAAAGGACUUGUGUGGAGACGACGCAUUGACGAUCUGUAUAUGAUUGAGACCAUACCAUCCAUGAGCUACGGCCAGAACAAGGAGCCUGAUUAUGUUCACACAAUGCUGGCGGUCUUACCGGAUGUAUUUUGUAAAUCUCCAAUCGAAAGUAUAUCUCUUCUCAACGGAAAUUCUGCUGGGACAGACAUCAACGAUCAAUUAUUCGGCGAAGAGCAGUUUCAGUCUGAGGCAUUUCAACGUACCUUUCAGUAUUUGAACAGACAAGACGGAAACAAACAUAUGAACGAUAUAGACCCGUCCGUUCCUGAAGGAUUACAACCUUUAUGUCUUGAAGUACUUUUACGACAUUGCGGUGUGAAAAAUCCUUCAUGGUCCGAACUCAAUCAUUUCGUUUGGUUCUUGAAUUUGCAACUUGUGGAUUUCAAACAAAGUCCCUUUGUUGGAACUGAGGCUGAAAAAUACUUGCCAGGGUUUGCUAAAUUUGUUCUGCGGUUUUUAAUAAAGAUGUCAAGGGACUUUUCCACGCGGUCGUUAAACCUUGGCGAAGAACCACAUAUCAUUAAACUCGCCGAAGAAGACACAUACGAUGAAAAUUCAUACAUUAAACAGUUUCAGAUGAAGAGAACAUGGGAGAGCAGUCCUCAUCCGUAUCUUUUUUUCAAUGCCGACCACAACUCCUUUACAUUCUUGGGAUUCUUUAUUGAUGAAAAUACGGGUAACCUAAUGGAUAUGCAGACCAAGGACGUACUGGAGACCGGCAUCAUGGACAUGCAUUUGUAUAGAGCUUUACAAGACAAUAAAGUGCCACUAAAAGAAAAUUUUGACAAAUUGACAAGGGAUGAACAAAUACACAAGAUGUGCAGAGUUAUAGGUGUUGAAAAUCCGUGUGAUCCGGACCCUACGUACGAACUGACAACUGACAAUGCCAAAAAAAUAAUGGCUAUAUAUAUGCGUUUCAGAUGUGACAUUCCUGUGAUUAUAAUGGGGGAAACUGGCUGCGGAAAAACACGACUGGUAAAGUUCAUGUGUGCUCUGCAGGCUCCAAAAGGUUCAUCUGUGAAAACAAUGAUUAUUAUGAAGGUACACGGAGGCACAACGAAAUAUGACAUAAAGCGAACAGUCAAGGAUGCAGAAGAAGUCGCAAAGACAAACGGACCAAAUAUAUAUACAGUUCUCUUCUUUGAUGAAGCAAAUACUACCGAAGCAGUUGGAGUUAUCAAAGAAAUAAUGUGCGAUAAAUCCAUUUGUGGACAACCUCUUAAAUUGUUUAAGAACCUAAAAAUGAUUGCGGCAUGUAAUCCAUAUCGAAAACAUCCUAAAGAACUGAUAAAAAAGCUGGAACAGGCUGGUCUUGGAUACCACGUGGAUGCAGACGAUACCUGCGAUAGACUGGGUCGUAUUCCAAUGAGACGUUUGGUGUAUAGGGUUCAACCGUUGCCACACAGUUUGCUGCCGAUGGUGUGGGACUUUGGUCAGCUUGACGAAAGUGUUGAGCAAUUAUAUAUUAAACAGAUGAUUAAGCAAUUGAUAAGAGUUGGUCAACUACCUACACUGAAACAUCUCAAAACGAUUUUAAGUUCUAUCCUUACCGCAUCACAAAAGUACAUGCGGGAUCAAAAGGACGAUUGCAGCUUCGUUUCGUUACGAGACGUCGAACGUGCUCUGAAUGUAAUGGUUUGGUUUUAUAGUAAAUCAAACGAAAACAGGCUUCUGUUCAAAUUAAUGGACACCAAAAUGAAAGACGGUGCAUUUAAAUAUGCCAGGGGUAUUGACGAUUUGACCAAGAGCUUGAUACUUGCACUUGGUGUGUGUUACCAUGCCUGUUUGCAAACGCGCCAGGAAUACCGUCAAUUCAUAGCACGAUUGUUUGUGAAGCCGUUCAAAAUACACGGAGAAUCACAUGCGAUUCUCGCCGUCAUAGAAUGUUGCCAAGAUGUUGUAAUUGAAAAUCUUUCGAUUGCGAAGAAUAUCGCUCGAAAUACGGCGUUAAAAGAAAACAUAUUUAUGAUGGUUAUUUGCAUUGAAUUGCGUAUACCACUCUUCCUCGUUGGAAAACCUGGAAGUUCUAAAUCACUAGCGAAAACUAUUGUUGCUGACGCAAUGCAAGGAAAUAGUGCCAAGACCGAAUUAUUCAGGAACUUAAAACAGGUUCAAAUUGUGUCAUAUCAGUGCAGUCCAUUAUCAACACCAGACGGAAUAGUUGCAACUUUUCGGCAAUGCGCUGAAUUUCAAAAAGACAAAAAUCUUAGAUCAUUUGUCUCAGUUGUUGUUCUAGACGAAGUUGGAUUAGCAGAAGAUAGCCCAAGAAUGCCGCUAAAGACAUUGCAUCCCUUGUUAGAAGAUGGUUGCCAAUCUGACGAAACGCAGGAGUCAUUCAAAAAGGUUGCUUUUAUUGGAAUAUCAAAUUGGGCACUUGAUCCAGCAAAAAUGAACAGAGGUAUAAGUGUUAAACGAGAUGUACCCGGAUUGGAUGAACUGAUCAAGAGUGCCAGAGGCAUUUGCAAAACUAACUUGGACGUUGAAACUCUGAUGGAGCCCUUCAUUGAACCGAUUUCAAAAGCGUACAUACACGUUUUUGAAACUGCUUUAAAAAAGAUGCGCGAAUUUUAUGGACUACGUGACUUUUAUAGUCUUGUAAAAAUGUUAUCCGGAUUCGUGGCCGAAACAAAAAAGACACCGACAUGGCCGGAGAUGCUCCAUGCUAUCAAAAGAAAUUUCGGAGGCCUUGACCUAGUAAACCCAGAGAAAUACUUCAAAAAAGAGCUGUCCAAUGCAAUGGACUUUUCUCCAGAUCGUUUCAAUAAAGGACCCGAUUGCAGCACCAAUGGACUUAUUGAAGCCUGCUUGUUUGAUUCGUCAAGAGAGAGUCGAUAUUUACUGUUGCUAACUGAAAACGACGGAGCUCUGGGAAUAGUACAACAGAUGCUGGCAAGAAGAAGUGAAGCAAGACCUAUAACACUUUUUGGAAGUAGCUUUCCAAGUGAUCAAAAAUAUACACAAGUUUGUCGAAAUAUCAACAAGAUAAAAGUGUGUAUGGAAACAGGAAACACAGUUGUGUUGCUAAAUUUGGAAAAUCUUUAUGAAAGUUUGUAUGAUGCUCUUAAUCAAUAUUAUGUACGCUUCGGAGGUCAAAGAUACGUAGAUCUUGGUUUGGGAACCCACAGAGUAAAGUGUCUAGUUCACAAGAAGUUUCGCUUGAUUGUCGUUGCUGACAAAGAAGUAGUUUACAAGAAGUUUCCGAUUCCGUUAAUUAACCGACUGGAAAAACAUUUUCUCACCGUGAAUACCAUUUUAAACAACGACCAAAUUGAUCUAGCUAAAGACCUCCGACAGUGGGCGAACAGAUUUGCCAACAAAAUAACGAAUAUUACUAGACGAUCAAAUGGACAAGGGACGAAGAUUGGCGAUGUUUUAAUCGGUUUCAACGAUGACACUUGCUCGUCAAUCAUACUGAACAUAAUUGAAACAAAAAAUGAAUCUGAAGACGACUUCUGCAAAUGGAAGAUGAAUAUUCUUGAGGAAGGGAAACGGAUAUUAUUAUGGUCGGCGACGCCAGAAGCUUUGGUCCGUACAAACGAGCUGAGCCGAAAUGAAAGCAAUUUGAUAAUGAAACACUACUUUGAAUUGCAAGCUCACGGCAGCGUUAUCGAAUAUCUCAAGCACAUGAUCGUCGAUAAAGGGUGUCAACAAUUGCUUACACAGAUAACAUGUCAUUCGAAACUUCUACCAUGCAACUACGAUAUAGAGAUAAGAAAUGCUAUUCCAUCCCUCGGUGAUGUCGACAUUCUGUCGUUGGUGUCGUUUGAUACAGAACAACAGUUUAGCAAUCGAAUAAGACAACAUUUUGACCCGUUAGAAACAAAGUCACGUGUGAUAAUAAUACAAUGCGACUCGGGUGAUGCAAAUACGAACCUGAUAGCGUGUGCUCGCUAUUCUGUAAUGGAUGCUUUGGAGAACAAAAAAAGAAAUCUGCAAUCUCCAAUCCAUAUUUUAUUUAUUGUGCAACUUCCAAGAAUAAGUGGUGGGUGCUUCAAUUGGUUUCAGUGUGGACCUUGGCAUUCGGUACACAUAGACGAUCUCUAUCCCGAGGGGCCAUAUUUUCCUCACCUUAGAGACCUGCAAAAUAGAAGUGUCAGUGAGGUAUUUGAACGAGCUUGUGAUGGAACACUAAUAACGUGA